AUAUCACCGCCAGACGAAGGUAACACGAGUGUGUUGAAUUCAAAACCCGAAAACUUUAUUACGAUUCCUUAUAUUAACUACAAAUUCAGCGAUGUUGCUGUUUCAUAACAAAAUUUGCAUCGUUUUAUUGUUAUGAAAUCCAGAUUUAUUAACUGUCAUUACUUUUAAAGCCGCCUUGUUGUAUGUAUACGGUUUUAUCUAACUUGCUUGUCUUCCCAUUUAAUUUUAUAAACAAGAUUUAUUGAUUGAUUUGGAAACUAAAACAUUUGAUUCGAACAUUCAAACGAUACAGAAAAUUAUGGAUUCUGAAGUCAUUCAAGAUUUUAAGAAAUAUUUCAAGCCUAAUUGUCUUUUAAGUGCUGAACAGUUGGUGCAUCAAUUCAAAACAGCUGACAAGACUAUUCCAGUGAAAGGUGGCACCAAAGAUUUCCAACCAGAUGGAUCAUGGCUUCAAGGAAAGAAACUUGACAUGCUAUAUUCCACCAGAGAAACAUUAUUUGCUGAACAGAGGAUAGAUAGAUUGGGAAGUAUUUUAAUUGGAGAAUUGAACAGAGAAAAGAAUUUGGUGGAAUAUAAAAGUGAUACUAGAAAAUUCUGGUUUACAAUGGGAUUUGUUGAUGAAAAGAGAAGAUGGCUAUACCCUGAAGAAGCUCUUUUUCUAAUGGAAGCAAAUGCUCUUCUUGUAUAUAAUGAGAAAGUUCCACUCAGCAUUCAAGAAGGGUACCAGGUAUUCCUAGGAAAAUCCUUAACUCGUAUACAAUACCAAGUUUACGCUCAUCUCAGACGGAUUGGCUAUAUUGUUUUUAGAUUUGAAAAUAAGUCAGAAUUUGCAUCAUAUGAAAUGACUAUGAACCUUAACCAAUAUGUUAAAAAAAAGCGCAAAUAUGAUUAUGAACAGUACACUUCAAGUUCUGAGGAAGAGGAUCUGGAAGAACCUAAAAGAUUGUCUGAAAUAAAUCAGGCUAAGAAAAUCCGGUGUGCUGAUUCCAACCAUAAAUCUGAAGAAAAUGAUGCAGACGUCAAGCUCACAUUGAAAGAGGACAGGAUAUUAGAGGCCAAACUGCCUAACUCGAGUGCCAGUACUAAUCAAAAUAAAUCUGCUUGUAAAAACUCUUUAAGGAAUUCUGAGACUGGAGUAUGUUCUGAGAAGACUGUACAGCAAACCAACUUAACUGAUCUUAUAAAUACUUCAGGAAAUAAUGAUAUUGAAAUGAAGUGUAAUAAAAAAGACAAGCUUGAUGUAAAUUGUGAAAAUGGAAAAGUUGCCCAGAAUAUCGAGUCACUAACAAUUGAAAAUAAAAGCAAUGUGAUCAAAAUAAAAGAAUGCAUGGAUGUGAAAGAUUUGCCUCUUGCGGAAAAUUGUCCACAGAGGAAUUUGUACGCGGGAAGUGUUGAUGACCUAAAUGAUUGUGAUUCUACAGGUACGAAUAUAAGCCACUGUAGUUGGGAUUUUAAUGAAUAUAAUAUACCUAACAUUGGUGGCCAGCUGUUGGUGCAUCUGACACCACCAAAUGAUGACAUAGUAACCGCACUUUUAGGAGAACCUUUACAAUUAAGAGAGUAUAUUUUUAAUGUCCAAGAAUAUCGAGAGACUGUAAUGUGUCAGCAUAAAUAUUUCCGCACUACACAGAACUGUUUAUUCAGAAAUGAACCUUUGAAAUAUUCUUUUCAGAAGCCAACUGGCAAAUCUAAAACUGAUGCUAAAAAUUGGUCAGAAUAUAAAGCAAUAAUGGAAAAAGAGAAGGUACAAAAACAAAAUACAUAUUCAUCUCUCAGGUUCCUUUGGGAAGAUGAUGUCAAACCAUUAUUAUCUCCUGAAGAUAACUUGUCUACAGACGCAAUCCUCCAGAAGUUACAAAUCAUAGAAAAUGCACAGCUCCACAGCAGCAGUAGCAAAGCCAGUAGGCCAGAUAGUUCUGCAGACUGGAAUAUAAUCUUCGAUGUCUAUCAACCAAAUUCUCUGUUCAAAAAGAGCAACCCUGGUCUACCAUACUUCAGAGUGUAUGUAUGUAGGUUUGAUGACAAACCUCCAAGUUUGGCAGAUUUUAUCCAGCUUACCAGGUCACUUAGUGAUCAAGUACCUAUCAACUGGGCCUUUGUGGAUAAUGGUGAACUGGCAUUCUACACAUUCCACGGCUUCACUAUCCCAAAAGAAACACUCAGUUGAAUGUCACUUGUUUUAUAAUAUGUUAGAGCAUCAGGGAAACACAUUAGGAAGUUCUAAUGUAUGCAUGAUGGAAAUAAACUAUUUUUUCCAAA